AUGUACCCUCUUUUUCAUUCCUUUUCUUCCCUCUUUCAUUUUCUUUCUUUCUUUUUUUUAUUUUCCCUUUUGUUUUCUUUUAUACAUCUUUUUUCCAAUCACUUUCUUUUAAACUUUCCCUUUUUCAUUUCUUUUCUUGAAAUUCGUCUUUUUUUUUCUAUUUUUCUUUAUCUGUCACUUUGGGUCUUCCUUUUUUUCUUUGAGUUCUCAAUUAUUUAUUAUUUUUCUUUUCCCGCUUUUCUUGUUAAUUAUUCACUUUUCUUUUCCCUUUCAUGUCUCCAGUCUUUAAUUUUGUUAUUUCCUUCCUUUUGCUUAUUUCUUCUUCGUAAACAUUCUUAUUUCUGUUGCAUUUUUCACUCUUCAAUCUUUAAUUUUUUUUUAUUUCCUUCAUUGAGCUUAUUUCUUCAUCGUAAUCAUUCUUUUUUCUCUUCCAUCUUUCUUCUCCAGUCUGUAGUUUUGUAUUUCCUUCCUGUAGCUUAUUUCUUCUUCGUAAUCAUUCUUUUUUCUUUCAUUUUUCUUUACUUAUUUCUUCGUCGUAAUCAUUCUUUUUUUUCUCUUCCAUUUUACUUCCUCAGUCUUUUUUUUUUAAUUCCAUCCUUUAGCUUAUUUCUUCUCCGUAAUCAUUCUUUUUUUCUCUUUCAUUUUUCUUCUUCAGUUUAUUUUCUUUCCUUUAGCUUAUUUCUCCUUCAAAAUCAUUCUUUUUUUUCUCUCCCAUUUUUCUUCUUCAGUCUAUAUUUUUUCUUAUUUAUUUCUGUUUUCUUAUUUUUUGUUAUAAUCCUUUUUUAUUUUCCAUUCUUCUUGUACAUUUUUUCUAUCUUAUUUUUUUUUAUUUCUUCGAUUUUUUUCUUUUACAUUCUUGUUUAUUUUAUAUUUCAUUCCUUUUUCUUAAUCAUUCUUCUUCAUACAUUUUUUUUCCUUUUUUUUCUUCUUCGUAAUCAUUCUUUUUUCUUCUAUGUUGUUUUCUUCAUCCUUUAUUUUUCUUAUAAUUCCAAUGGUUUUUGGUUUUCUUUCUUUUCAUAUAACCAACUAUCUUUUAUCAUUUUAUGCUUUUCUAUAAUUUUAUUUGUUUGUUUUCUUUGA